UAUCGUCAGACCAAACAUUCACAACAUAGAUUUCAUUACAAACCGUUGACAAAGAGAAACAACAACACACAAUAAAGAUGGCAAGUGGAAGGAUAAUUAUCAUGGUUGUAGCAAUAGCUUUCUUCAUGAUCGGUUCCGACAAUGUCAACGUGGCGACAGCUCAGUUCUGUGGAGCUAACGUGUCGGGACUGAUGAAUGAGUGUCAACGCUACGUCAGCAACGCCGGACCAAAUUCUCCGCCGCCGUCUCGGUCUUGUUGUGCUCUAAUCCGUCCUAUCGACGUACCCUGUGCUUGCCGCUACGUUUCAAGGGAUGUUACAAACUAUAUUGAUAUGGAUAAAGUUGUUUACGUUGCUCGUUCUUGUGGCAAGAAGAUUCCAUCUGGUUAUAAAUGUGGAAGUUACACCAUUCCGGCGGCUUAGUUGAAGACGAAGGAUAUAUACCAACAGAACUUGGAUUUGCUAUAAAAAAAAUAAUAAGAUGUAUCAAUGUUUGAAUAAUGACGAGAAAUGAUUGUGAUGUCAGGAUUUGUGUCUUGUAAUAAGUUUAUGUAAAUCAAAAUGGAGGCCAUGGUUGGAAGAUAAUAAGACGGUAAGAGUUUGUGAGCA